AUGCUUUGAAUCGUGCAGAAUACUCAUGUCAUAGAUAUAACCAUGAAAAACGUUUUGAAUACUGUAAACUUGCGAGUGCGGAAACAUGUUUAUGCGUGUCUGUGGCGUCCUCUUCGGCGCGCGAUAAGUUCUGCUCCGCAGACAUGUGCAGCGGAGAGAGACAGUGGGAACAGCAUCCUGAGGAACAGGUGGAAGGACACAGCAGACACUGUGAUCAUCGGAGGGGGAUGUAUUGGGGUCAGCCUGGCCUACCACCUGGCCAAGGCGGGCGUUAAGGAUGUGGUGCUGCUCGAGAAGUCCGAGCUGACUGCCGGCUCCACCUGGCAUGCUGCAGGUUUAACCACAUACUAUCACCCCGGCAUUAACCUGAAGAAGAUUCACUACUACAGCAUUAAGUUAUACGAGAAGUUGGAGGAGGAAACAGGACAGGCCGUUGGGUUUCACCAGCCGGGCAGCAUUCGCAUUGCAUCGACCCCAGUCCGAGUGGACGAGCUGAAAUACCAGAUGACACGCACACUCUGGCAUCCAACACCGCAGUUCCUCAUUGGACCAGAGAAGGUCCAGGAGCUCUUUCCAUUGCUUAACGUGAACAAGGUGUUGGCUGGACUUCACAACCCUGGAGAUGGGCACAUUGACCCGUACUCUCUCACCAUGGCAUUGGCUGCGGGUGCCCGCAUGCACGGUGCCCAGAUAUACCACCCUGCCCCCGUCACCGGGCUCACUGCCACAUCUGAUGGAAAAUGGGACGUGGAGACACCCUAUGGGAGGGUCCGUGCCACCCGCCUCGUCAAUACAGCAGGAUUUUGGGCUCGAGAGGUUGGGAAGCUUAUAGGCCUGGAGCAUCCAACCAUCCCGGUUCAUCACCAGUACGUGGUGACGGCGACUGUGCCACAGGUGAAGGCCCUGAAGGCGGAGCUGCCUGUGAUCCGGGACCUGGAGGGAUCCUACUACCUCCGGCAGGAGCGGGACGGCCUGCUCUUCGGGCCGUACGAGAAGGAGGCCAAGAUGAAGCUGCAGGACUCCUGGUUCAGAGACGGAGUCCCUCCAGGCUUUGGGAAGGAGCUCUUUGAAUCGGACUUGGACCGCAUUAUGGAGCAUGUAGAGGCUGCCAUGGAGAUGGUUCCUGUCCUGAAGGAUGCUGACAUCAUCAAUAUCUUGUCAGGUCCCAUCACAUACACCCCAGACCUUUUGCCUAUGGUGGGACCUCACCAAGGUGUGCGCAACUACUGGACUGCAGUUGGCUUUGGCUAUGGAAUCAUCCAUGCUGGAGGGAUGGGCAAGUUCUUGAGCGACUGGAUUGUUAAUGGGGAGCCGCCCUUUGACCUGAUCGAGUGCGACCCCAACCGCUACGGAAAGUGGACCACGGAAUCUUACAUCUGUGCUAAGGCUAGGGAAUCGUACGGCUUCAACAACGUAGUGGGAUACCCAAAGGAGGAGCGCUUUGCGGGCAGACCCACGCACAGGGUGAGCGGCGUGUACGACCAGCUCAAAUCCAAGGCGUCUAUGGGAUUUCAUGCUGGUUGGGAGCAACCUCACUGGUUCUACAAGGAUGGAGACGAGACUGGAUACAGGCCGAGUUUUCAGCGCACAAACUGGUUUGAACCUGUGGGACGGGAGUACAGGCAGGUCAUGGAGAAAGUGGGGGUGAUUGACCUGACCCCAUUCGGAAAGUUCAUGGUCAAAGGGAAGGACUCGGUGAAGCUGCUGGACCGUCUCUUUGCCAAUGUUAUGCCGAAGGUGGGCAUGACCAACAUCAGUCACAUGCUGACCCCCACAGGGAAGGUCUACGCCGAAGUGACGAUAACACAGCUUACCGAAGGAGAGUUCCUUCUCAUUACUGGCUCUGGGUCAGAGCUACAUGACCUCAGGUCAGUCUCGGAAUCUGUCCAAAGAAAUAUGCAGAGAUGGAUUGAAAAGGAGGCGGAGGAUGGUGGCUACGAUGUGAGCAUUACCAACGUGACGGAGGACAUGGGGGUGCUGGGCAUAGCGGGACCCAAGUCUAGGACUGUCCUGCAGAAACUGACAGAUGAGGAUAUGAGUGAUUCCAGCUUUAAGUUCCUUCACUGCAAGUCCAUCAAAGUGGCCGGAAUUCCACUGAGAGCUAUAAGAAUCUCUUAUACAGGGGAGCUGGGCUGGGAGCUGUACCAGGACAGCAAGCACACAGCCGCCGUGUACCAGGCCCUGAUGCAGGCUGGAAGGGACGAGGGCAUCGACAACUUUGGGACCUACGCCAUGACCUCACUGAGACUGGAGAAAGGCUUUAGGGCCUGGGGAGCAGAGAUGAACUGUGACACCAAUCCUUUGGAAGCUGGCUUAGACUACUUCAUCAAGUUAAACAAGCCUGCUGACUUCAUUGGAAAGAAGGCUCUUCAGGAGAUCAUGGCUGUGGGCCUGACACGCAAGCUGGCUUACCUCACCGUGCAGACUGAUGACGUUGACCCUGAGGGCAAUGAGACCAUCUGGCAUGAUGGCAAGGUGGUUGGGAACACGACUUCCGGGGCCUACAGUUACAACGCUGGGCAAAGCCUGGCCUUUGGUUACCUGCCCGUUGCGCUGAGCGCUGUGGGCCAGAAGGUGCAGGUGGAGCUGCUGGGCAAAAAGUAUACAGCCACUGUGGUCCAGGAGCCUCUGGUGAUGACAGAGCCGACGAGGACCCGUAUGAAGAAGAAGAAGAAGGCUACAGGCACGACUAAGGAAGGCCACUGAGAAGCCUGUUUGGGACCAGUGGGCAGAGUGUGGGGAGUAACUGUGCGUUUCGAUGGCCCAAUCAAAAGAAACGUCUUCCUCUAUGUGGUUUGCUUUAGACGGAGGAGUAAAACCCAUGUCAACAUUACGUAACUGCCUCUGAGUUUGCUGAAGUGUGUUGUGAAGGAAAAUGCUGUAAUUAUGUGGGGUUUCGUGAAGAAUGAAAAUUCUCCAAUCUAUUCUCCUUUUCUGAACACAUACUCAGGGUGCCCCCCUGAACACGGCUGCUGACCAAUGUCGCUCAAUCGCUUUCCCAUUGAUAUUGGGCAACACAUGUCUAUUAGAAAAACUUUGAUCGGCAGUGGGCAACUUUUCGCGAUCAUCCAGAUCCAGAUGAGCUGCCCCUUGUCUCACCUGCUUGUCAAUUCCAAGGCAACAUUGGUAAUAAAUUUGUCCUGUGUAACAUCACAAUAGGACCUUGCAUCCCCA